AGUCCGUACAGUUAGUUGGCAAGAAAAUUUAAACGAAGAAUGGCAACAAGAUCUGAUUUCGAAAUUUGUGGUUCCAUUCAGGACGCACAACAUAUACACACCUUACGACGAGAAAGGGAAAGUAAUCAUCUUGGAAGAGUUUGGUCAAAUAUUAAUCCAUACCUUUUGGGACGCUUGAUGUCUCCUCUGGACCUAUACUUAUCAACCUCCGGAGGAGAUGAACUUAGAUGCGAAAAUAAAUUAUUUGGUGAAAAGUCUGGAACUCUUAGCAAGGAGUAUGAUGAUAAUACAACCACAUCACAAAAUUCGACCAGCAACCGUGAACUUGACGUACUAUAUUGCGAACCAAAAGGUAAAAUUCAUGAUGGGUUCCUCAGUUCGUUGUAUAACACCGAUGAACUCAAAAGUAGCAGAAUCGAGAGCACAAACAAUGCAGACAUUACAAUGGGAGUCAGAUUACCGAAUUGUCCUAACUCAAGAAAGCUUAAAGACGUUGAGACACGGUUUGGGCAAUUGCUCAGAGUCGGUUCCAUGGCAGGCGAUUAUUGGACAGAUGAAAUCGUAUCAAGACCAUGUCGACUUGUACACGCUCACUCUCACCCUGUCCAUAAACCUUCAAGAACAAUUGAUUGUCAAGAAGCCGUGUGCAAUCUGCAAUCUUGUGUUAAUCCGAAUUGCUUCUUAUCUGCUGGUAACGAUUCACCCAGUAACAACAAUUCCCUCAUCGUAGUUGAUACAUUUGAGAAAUCCGUUAGAUUUCAAAUUGCAACCUUUAUCAAGGGUGUCUCCGUUACUGAACCUAAAGAAGUAGAAUACUAUAUAGCAGAUGUUGCAGAUUUCGGCUUUGACCAUAUAAUCUACAUUGGAGAGACCGAAUACGGAAUGUUAUUUUUAGACUGCUAUGAUCGUGUUUUUCUCUGGGACAACAUGAGUCAAAUGGCGUAUCCGCUUGGAGAUUCUCUUGAAGAAGUUCCAGAACGCCCAAUUGAAGAUAAAGCAUGGUAUGUGGAAAAUGGAAUUGUAUAUGAACAUAUUGGGUGAACGUGUAUACACUGAUACGUUAAUAUAAUUGUGUACUACACUAAACAACUUCAAAAUGAUAUUUUCGAAAAAUUUAAAGUACAAAUAAUGAUUAAUUCUUCAGCUUUACCUAAAAGACAUUUAAAAAUUGCUUGUAAAUAAUAAUUCAUAAAAUAAUAAUACUAAAAGACAUUAAAAUUGCUUGUAAAUAAAAUUGCUUGUAAAUAAAAUAACAAUAAAGUUUAUAAUUUUAUUGUAUUUUUAAGCUACUGUGUUUUGCAUCAUGGUGUGGUCAUGUAAAUUGAAUCCAUUUUUUUUCUAAGAAUCGUUUUGCAUGAAGAAAUUUUCGG